AUGUCGCAGCAGCAACAGCAACAACAACAACAGCAAGCCACGGACCCCGAUGCCGUGCCCGACACACAACUAGGCUUGACAGAGGAUCAGAUCGAGCUCCUACGGCAUGGUCAACAAGCAGUGGCCGCGGCGGCGGGCGCGGGGUCGACUUCCUCGCGCGCUGCGAGUCGCGCUUCAUCCCAGGGAUUGCUGAUGAUGGACAGCUCGUCGCUUUCCGCGCUGGGCCGUCACUUUGACCGGGUCAUGCAGUCCAUCCAGCAGCGGCUAGAAUACUUGAUGGAGCAGUCUCAAGUCGUGACUCUCAGCGUCUACGAUCGCGCUGGAAACCUCAUCGACAACGCUGACGCUGAGAUUGCGCGGUACCACGAGAUCAUGGCACAAAUCGACGAGCUGGAGCUGGACUUUGACCGCAUCGCUGGGAUCCGCGAGAUUGUGCGGGGUUUCCGUCAGCGGGCUGAGGAGUUGGAGCGCGAACUGGAACGCGCCGGAGGCGGCAGUUCAUCAAGACGACACGGCCAGUCGUCGUCGUCCCGUCGCAGUCAUGGGCAUUCUGGCAGCUCUAGCAAACGCCGGACCUAA